CUCAGUUCCUUCCUUCAUAAUCCCAUAUCAAUAUUCCACUACAAUCAAAUCCACAACAACAGUAUAGGGGAAUUGAAUCAAGACCAUAUAUCAUGAUGAUCAACCCUGAGUUCGACGAUCAGAUGGUACUCAUCUCUGGUCAGUACUAUCCAGUCGGGAUAAUCAGCCAGUUCGUGCAAGAACAAGGGGCGGCGGUGGAGGAGUCGAAACCGCGGCGGAGGCGUAGGAAGAAGAAUGGUGGUGGUGGUGAUGGUGAUGGUGAGGCGGUGAUGAUGAGGAAGAGGAAGCUGAGCGAGGAGCAGGCGAACAUGCUGGAGAAGAGCUUCGGGAGUGAGCACAAGCUGGAGUCGGAGAGGAAGGAGAGGCUGGCGGCGGAGCUGGGGCUGGACCCCCGCCAGGUGGCGGUAUGGUUCCAGAACCGGAGGGCCCGGUGGAGGAGCAAGAAGCUCGAGGAAGAGUUCUCCAAGCUCCGGUCUCACCAUGACUCCACCCUUAUCGAGAAAUCCCGCCUUGAGACUGAGCUUGUGAAAGUGAAGGAACAACUCCAGGAAGCGGAGAAGGAAAUACAAAGGCUGUCGGAGCGUUGGGAUCAUGGGUUUUCGAGCAACAGUCCAAGUUCAUCAACCAAUAUGGAACAACCACCUUUGCUUGGAUUUGAGGGAUUGGAAAACGUGUUUUGCGUGCCUCACGACAACAGUUAUGGGCAUGGUUUCGAAUGGGAUAAUUUCUAUUACCUUUGAUUGAUUAUUUAAUUUCUAUAUGUAGAUAGUGGCUUAUGUAAAUUAAUUAAUCUUCUUCUCCUUCAUUUAUGGCUUAGGUUGCUAUGGUGAUUGUAAUUGAAUUGCCGUAGAUAUGCACCUUUUGUCUUGGAAAGUGAUAUUAGG